CAUACAUUUAUCUAGCUCUUGUGUUUGUGUUCAUUUUCCAAAAAUGGCCGAGCUGGCACUCGUCAACCUGCUUCUGAAAGAAUUGUUUACAGUUGCUUUUGACCAGACAAAAGAAGCUGUGACAUUGGUUUUGACUGCUAAGGCAGAGGUCGAAAAAUUCAGCAGCAAUCUCAAAGCAAUUCAAGCUGUGCUCCAGGAUGCUGAGAAGCAGCAAGUGGAGAAGGCCAGCGUGAGAAACUGGUUGGAUCAGCUGAAUGAUGUCUCUUACGAGAUGGUUGACGUGCUAGAUGAGUGGAACACUGAAAUUCUGAAACAAAAGGCAAAGGGAGUUGCUACUGAGAAAAAGAAAACCUUCAAGAAGGAUGUUGUGGAAGAAAUUCAUUCCUGGGACAAGAGCAUUACUACAUUCUGCAAAAUGCAUGAUAUUGUGCAUGACUUUGUGCAGUUCCUCAAUAAAAAUGAAUACUUUACAAUUGAGGCUAAAAAAGCAAAUGCAGGAAUGAUGAUAAUAAGUGAGGAGGUCCGUCAUUUGAGCUUAAGGUAUGUACGUCGUUCUCCACUUUUGGAUUUUCUUUCACCAGUGAAUUGCAAAAAGUUACGUACUCUAGCAACUUUUGAUUCAAGAAUGAGUAGGAUAGAUAUGAAAGCAAUUUCACAGCUAAGAUGUUUGAGGACCUUAAAUUUGAGCUACAGCUAUAUUCAAGAGCUUCCAGAAGAGAUUGGUGAAUUGAUACACUUAAGGUAUCUCGACUUGACUAACAAUGUGAAGUUGACGAAACUACCAGACAGUUUGGGCAAUUUAUACAAUUUGCAAACCUUGUGUCUUAGUCGAUGCUGGUGGAUUAAAGCACUGCCUGAAAAUAUGGGGAACUUGAUUAAUCUAAGACAUCUUCAUACCAAGCAUUGUGAAUUGCUGGAGUAUUUGCCGAGAGGUGUCGCGAGAUUAAUAAGUCUGCAAACACUAGACGUGUGUCCUGUUAAUGAUGAAGGUUUGAAAUUAGGAGAUCUGGGAAGCUUGGACCAGCUUCAGGGUACUCUCCUCAUUAACAUCAAGGGGAAUUUGAAGGAUACGAGUGAGGCGCAGAAGGCUUGCUUGUGGAAUAAAAAGCUUUAUUAUUUGGAGCUAUCGUUUUCUAGAUUGGAGGAGCAGAGCCAUGUACAAGUCCAAGUCCUGGAGGCGUUACGGCCGCAUCAAGAUCUGGAAACUUUAAAUAUUAUUUCUUAUGGUGGCACCACCGCGCCCAGUUGGAUGAUAUCCUUACAGAAUUUGAGAUCCCUUUCUCUUCAUACUUGGGAUGGAUGUGAAUUUUUGCCUCCUCUUGGCAAAAUGCCUUUCCUUGAACAACUAUCAGUAACCCGAUUGGAGAAAGUGAAGACGGUUGGAGAUGAAUUUUUGGGCACUCAAACAUCCUCAUCCUUUGUUUUAUUCCCAAAAUUGAAAGAACUCACCUUCGACAGGAUGGAAGAGUGGGAACAGUGGGAAGGAGUUGGAGGGUGGACAGAAAGCGGUGGUGCUGAUGAAAGUACAAUUAUGCCAUGCCUUGUCUCGUUCACAAUUAAGGACUGCCCUAAGCUGAAGAACCUGCCACUCUUCCUACAAGACACACAGGUCAGGAAAAUUUCCAUCAGUAAAUGUCGUCGGAGUAUUAUAACACCUGUCUGGCCCGACAACUGUGACGUCGACAUUUCUGAAGAGCUCGAGGAUCCAGAAAUACCAAAUACUACUGAGAGCAGGGUUGAAACAGAAAUACAGAUAGAUGAGGAGAUACAGAGUGAUGAGGAGACCACCAUGUCACCUGAAACUGCAAAGCUUGAAGACUGCUGUAAUUAUGUUCUGCGAGGGGGUUGGAUUGUUCUUCCACAGAAAGCAGCUGCAGGUCUUUGGAGAUUUGUCAAGAGUUACAGAUUAAGAUGAUGCCUCAACUAUCUCAAGUCUAACAUGAAAUAUGGAGAGAGUUUUCAUAUAUGGAGAUGUGGCAAGAGUUACAGAUUCGGAGGCAACCUCUUUGCUAGCAUUAGAAUGUGGAAGCAGAAGGUAAUCACAUGACCAGAGUGCAGGAUAGGCAGUCAUUUAUAGCUCCUGAAUUCCUCGGAAGGACUGAAAAUGAUGCCAUAACUAUAGAACACUAAGCUGAAGAAGAAGCACAGUUUGGGCAGACUUCCUCAUCAUUCAGUCAUCAUAUCAUCUCUUCUUCGUCAAUCGUCAAUCUUCAAUCUGGCUCAAGCGAUGGCUUUACAUUUCUUGUUCUAUUUGUUCAAG